GACAACUUGCUGACUAAUGAGCCAGAGUGGCUCCUGAACUGUGACUGCUACACACCUGAACUAUGAAUUUAGCCUGUGGUUUUGGGCUGUAAGACCAAUUUGAAGCGACUUCAGAGCUGGUUGAACAGCCAUGGCAUACUUUAGUCCAUGGAAAUUGUCCUCUCAGAAACUUGGCUUCUUUCUAGUGACUUUUGGAUUCAUUUGGGGGAUGAUGCUAUUGCAUUUCACUAUCCAACAGAAGACUCAACACGAAAGUAGUUCAGUGCUUCGUGAACAAAUACUGGACCUCAGCAAAAGGUAUAUAAAAGCACUGGCAGAAGAGAAUAGAAAUGUGGUGGAUGGACCAUAUGUUGGGACUAUGACUGCUUAUGAUCUGAAGAAGACGCUUGCUGUCCUACUGGAUAAUAUCUUGCAGCGUAUUGGGAAGCUCGAGUCCAAAGUGGAGAACCUGGUAAUCAAUGGCACGGCUGCAAACUCUACAAACAGUACCACCACUGCUCUUCCCAGUUCAGGAACUGCUGAAAAGAUCAAUGUGGCUGAUCUCAUUAAUGGAGCACAGGAACAGUGUGAAUUGCCUCCUAUGGAUGGCUUCCCCCACUGUGAGGGCAAAACAAAAUGGAUGAAAGAUAUGUGGCGAUCUGAUCCCUGCUACGCAAGUUAUGGUGUGGAUGGGUCCACGUGCUCCUUCUUUAUUUACCUCAGUGAGGUUGAAAACUGGUGUCCUCGUUUACCCUGGAGAGCAAAAAAUCCUAAUGAAGAAAUGGAUCAGAAGACAAUGGCUGAAAUUCGAACAAAUUUUGAUUUGCUCUACAAAAUGAUGUCCAGACAUGAAGAAUUUAGAUGGAUGAUGCUGAGAAUAAGAAGGAUGGCUGAUACGUGGAUAGAAGCAAUUAAAUCACUAGCUGAAAAACAAAACCUGGAGAAGAGAAAACGGAAAAAAGUCCUUGUUCAUCUGGGACUCCUGACAAAAGAAUCUGGAUUCAAGAUAGCAGAGAAUGCCUUUAGUGGGGGCCCACUUGGUGAAUUAGUCCAGUGGAGUGAUUUAAUUACAUCUCUGUAUUUACUGGGCCAUGACAUUAGGAUUUCAUCAUCACUGGCAGAGCUCAAGGAGAUUAUGAAGAAGGUUGUUGGAAACCGAUCAGGCUGCCCAACACAAGGAGAUAAAGUUGUAGAACUUAUUUACAUUGACAUUGUUGGACUCACUCAAUUUAAGAAAACCCUUGGACCAUCCUGGGUACAUUAUCAGUGCAUGUUACGAGUACUAGAUUCAUUUGGGACUGAACCAGAGUUUAACCACGCUCAUUAUGCCCAGUCUAAAGGCCACAAAACGCCAUGGGGGAAAUGGAACCUUAAUCCACAACAAUUCUACACGAUGUUUCCUCACACCCCAGACAACAGUUUCCUUGGGUUUGUGGUGGAACAGUAUCUGAACUCCAGUGACAUAAAACACUUCAAUGUCAUCAAAAGGCAGAACCAGUCACUUGUUUAUGGCAAAGUUGAUAACUUCUGGAAGGAUAAGAAGUCUUAUUUGGAUAUCAUCCAUACCUAUACAGAAGUCCAUGGAACUGUUCACGGGACAAGUGCUGUCUACAUGCCCACCUAUGUGAAGAAUCAUGGUAUCCUCAGUGGCCGGGAUUUACAGUUCCUGCUUAGAGAGACCAAACUUUUCGUUGGUCUUGGUUUUCCAUAUGAGGGACCUGCUCCCUUAGAGGCCAUUGCAAAUGGAUGUGCUUUUCUGAAUCCAAAAUUCAGUCCUCCUAAAAGCAGCAAAAACACAGACUUCUUCAGAGGCAAACCAACCCUACGGGAGUUAACAUCUCAACAUCCCUACGCUGAAGUUUACAUUGGGAAGCCUCAUGUCUGGACUGUGAACAUCAAUGAUCUUUCUGAAAUUGAGAGGGCAGUCAGAGCCAUUUUGAACCAAAAGAUUGAACCUUACUUACCGUAUGAAUUCACGUGUGAGGGGAUGCUUCAGAGAAUGAAUGUUUUCAUAGAGAAACAGGAUUUUUGCCAUGGGCAAGUGAUGUGGCCCCCAUUAAGUGCCCUGCAGGUUAAAAUUGCUGGCCCUGGGAAAUCAUGCAAGCAGGUUUGUCAAGAAAACCAGCUUAUCUGUGAGCCGUCCUUUUUCCAGCACCUGAACAAGGACAAGGACCUCCUCAAGUACAACAUUGAAUGCCAUACAGUGGAAUCUGCAAAUGAUAUAGUUAUCCCAUCUUUUGAUGAAAAGAAAAAACAUUGUGUUUUCCAAGGUGAUCUCUUGCUGUUCAGCUGUGCGGGAUCCCAUCCAAACCACAAAAGGAUCUGCCCUUGUAGAGACUACCUUAAAGGACAAGUUGCACUUUGUAAAGACUGUCUAUAGCAACAACUCAUACAACUUUAUUUUGGGACACAAAACCAAGUGGCUUGGGGAGAGCUGCUGCUAUUUCCUGCACUUUGCCCAGUUGACUCGCUGCAGGCAGAACAACUGUUGAAAAGUGGACAUCUGUACCAAGAUGGAGCAGAUGAGCUAUUUAAAAAA